UUAGCUAGCUUAGCAUACCAACCAAGGCUUGCUUGCUGGCUGACAUUCCUAACUCUCUUCUUAGCACGUUAUCUCCUCCAUAAUAACUCUGAUUGCAAAAAUGAGACGCCUUAAAGAUCUUCUAGUCGCAGUUCUUUUUGCUAGUCUAGUGAUACAGUGUGUUUUUAGCCAAGAAGUUGACGAUAUAGACUCUCAAGGAGAGCAGCUUCCAAGCUACCUUCGAGACGAUGGCAUCAAGCGCGUUGCCACUUUGAAGCAAAGUAAUUUUGAAAGAACACUAAAGCACACCAAAAUGCUUGUAGUCCUAUUUUACAUGGCUUCAAAGGAGCACCCUGAAUCUGAAAAAGCUUGGAAAUCAGAUGAACAAAUGUUGGAGGUUGUAGCUCGUGUGCUUCAGCCACAAGGAGUAACUGUUGGAGUUGUAAAUGUUGAAAAGGAUUAUGCACUUGCUCAAGCCCUUGGUGUCAAAUUUGCUGGUGCUAUAUUAAUAUUCCAUAGGGGGAAAAAAGUGGAUUACUUUGGGCACAGAUCUGCUGAUGUUUURAUAAGUUAUCUUCACAAGAUGUUUGAGCCUCCACUUACCGUCAUCGAGACGAAAAAACAGCGCAAAACCUUCGAAGACACAGACAGUAGCAAAGUAGUGGGAUAUUUCGAAAAAGGAAGUCCCCAAUACGAAGCAUUUGAAGAAGCGGCCAAGAAUUAUCAACCACAGGUUAUUGCAAAGAUACGCCUAGAAGAUAUACAUGAUGUUUGGUCGGCUAGAGUGGAGGGUUUUCUUAUAACCGCCUUUGUCAGGCCAAAAACCGAAGAUGGCGCCAAGUUUUUCUCUCUUGUCAAGAAACUGGCCAGAGAAGUGAAAGACAACGAAAAGCUUACGUUCGUUUGGGUUGAUCCAGACCCUUUCCCCAUGAUGAGAGAAUUCUGGCAGAAAUCUUACAAGAUUGACGUAAAUUCACCAGCCAUUGGRGUUGUCGACCCAAAAUUGAACCGAAGUUCCUGGUUCAAAAAGAAAGGCAAAGAACCUAAACUAAAGCACAUGUUACAGUGGAUCCAAGACGUCCUAAACAACAAAGUACAAUUCACCGCAGCAAACGACGAAAACACACAACAAGCACCACCACCACCACAACAACAACAACAAAAACAAACAAAUCAACACGAACAAAUACCACCUCCACACAAAUUCCAAGAAAAACCAGAAUUAUAACUUACCUAAAAGUGAAUUCGUAUAUYGAAGUUUUCCGUGCGAAUGAGGUCUGCUAAUAUUAACCUGCUUUAUUAGAAUCCUCCUAGAGUAACUAACUAUAAAAUCUCUCAAAUUCCAUUAUGUUAACCAGUUGUUGCGAUUCCCCAUUACUUUUCGCAAGUACAAGGAGUCUUUUUAUUGGUUUCUUUGUUUUUAUUUUUGGUGGAAGUUCUCAACUGGUUUUCACAGUAUUUCUAUUUAGUCUGCUCCACACAGYUUAUCAGAAUAUCAGCAGAACUCAUUAGCAUAUAAAACUGCGAAACGAUUUACGAAUUCACUAUAAACUCUAUUAGGCCUAGGGCAAACGUCGAACUUUCCAUGCACCGAACUCCAUUAAAAACAAUGGAUAUCCGCGUUUGCCCUAGGCCUCAAAUUUCUAGCCUAAGAAUCGCUAUUUCGAAAAGGGUUUUUAUACUGAAUUGUGAAUUUGAUUGACGUCCAACCAAGCAUUUGUCAGUCACGCGAGUAAUCUAGCAGACUUUGCCUGCACGCUCACUCAUUCUCACUCAUAGACCACAUGAAAAACGAGUGUAAGAUUGGGAACGAGCACCACGAUCAAUUAAUAAUUUCAAAAAUAUAUUUUCAUUACAAGAAAGA